CUCAUGAAUCAUGAUCGAAACCGAAAAUACCCACCACAACACCUUUCACGAGUUCUUUGUUUGGUGGCUCGGUAAGCUAAACGCGAACCUCGAACACCUUGUCUCCGCCGCACAAACAUACCAAGAAAAUGACAACACUGAAGAUGACUCAAGUCUACGCCAUCUAAUAGAUCAAGCCGUUAGCCACUACGAAGAGUAUUACAAAACCAAGUCAGAUGGAGCAAAACUAGACGUCAUUUCAAUGUUUUCACCCACAUGGCUGACCUCACUAGAGGAUUCCCUUUUGUGGAUCGCAGGUUGGCGGCCAACUACUGCGAUCCACGUGCUGUAUUCCAAAUCUGGAAUACAGCUUGAGGCCAGACUAGCUGACCUCGUCCCAGUGUUUAACACUGGAGAUUUAGGAGACUUGAGUUUAAAUCAACUCAACCAAAUCGAUGAAUUACAAAAGAAAACGAUCCGUGAGGAGAGGAUAAUUACUGAGAAAAUGGCGAAACUCCAAGAAUCGGCUGCAGACACACCCAUGGUGGAUCUAUCCAACAUGGUUUCUGAGGUGAUGCGGAACGAAAACACGAACCAUGAUGAAGGAAGGGAAGAUAAUGAAUCAAAAGUGGAAUUCUUGUUAAAAUCGAAGAAGAAUGAGUUGGAAGAGUUGCUACACAUGGCGGAUAGUUUGAGAAUGGAGACUUUGAACUCGGUGGUGGAGAUACUAACACCGAUUCAGGCGGUCUACUUCUUAAUUGCGGCAGCCGAGCUGCAUCUUCGGCUACACGAUUGGGGGAUGAAGAGGGAUGCCACUUAAUUAGUUGUGUAAUCAUAUAUCAUAUAUAUCCGUAUAUUAUAAGUCGUGUAUAUAUGGAUAUAUAUCUUAGUGGUUGUUUACUACUAGUAGUACUAUAUUUCUAUU